AUGUCCUCGCUCCCGACCCUGUCUGCGUUGCAAAGCGGUCUCACGGACGCUGCAGACGGGGCCCUCGCGCAAGUGCUUGCGGUGCUUUUCGAGCCGUCCCCCACACUCUUUGCCCACCUCGUCCCGCAGCUCGCUGGGAGCCUGCCGUCCGCGAACGUGCACAGCUACGCGGAUCUCGUCGACCGCGCUCUUGACGCCCUCCACGGCUGGGAUGAAAGGCGCAAGGCGCGGUUUGUCGAUGCGCACCCCCGUAUCGGCGAGGUUCGACACCUCUCAGCGCUCAGCGCACGCGAGCAGGCCGCCGCCGCCACACCGCGCAAGGUCCUCGCGCGGCUUGCACACCUGAAUGCGUGCUACGAGCACCGAUACCCCGGUCUCAGAUAUAUCACGUUUGUGAACGGCCGGACGAGGGAACAGAUUAUGGAAGAGAUGGAGGGUGUCCUGGGUAUUCCGCACUCUCUAAGCGCGAGUGAGCCGGAGGUUGAGGGUGUUGGUCAGGCGGUAGUGGGAGGACCUGAGUGGAAGGGAGAAGUGGACAGGGCGAUAGAAAGUGUGGGGAAGAUAGCGAAGGCGAGACUUAAGGCUUUGGGGGUUGAGUGA